AUUACCACCCAUAGUUCGAGGAGGGGCCAUCGACAGAUACUGGCCUACCGCCGAUGGUCGCCUGGUUGAGUAUGACAUAGAUGAAGUGGUAUAUGAUGAAGAUUCACCUUAUCAGAACAUUAAGAUUCUACACUCAAAGCAAUUUGGAAAUAUUCUCAUCCUUAGCGGGGAUGUUAAUCUGGCGGAGAGUGAUUUGGCAUAUACCCAGGCCAUCAUGGGCAGUGGAAAAGAAGACUACAGUGGCAAAGACGUGCUGAUUCUAGGGGGCGGAGAUGGGGGCAUAUUAUGUGAGAUAGUCAAACUGAAACCAAAGAUGGUCACAAUGGUAGAGAUAUCCUUUGCUUGGACAUCGAGUUCAAUUGGCUUCUUUUGUUUUCUUCCUCCUUUUUGGUCUUAAGACUCUAGUUAAUGUUAUGAGGCAAAUGUGUUAGAAAUACUGCCUUGAACAAACAUUUCAGUUUAGUACUAGUAGCCUUUUCAUGUGGCUACACACAAAGCAGCAGAGAUGCUCUAGUUGAGAAAUAAAGAGAAAACAACCUUG